AUGGUCUCGGUGGCAGCAGGCGUUCCUAUUGGAUUCGGAGUUCUUUGUAUCUUCCUCCCUCACUUCAACUAUCUGGUUGAUGCGUAUCUGCCCAUCGCAGCAUCGACCGUGGCCGCGAAUGUAAUGCUCCGCUCCGCGAUAGCAUCCGGCUUCCCUCUCUUCUCCAAACAGAUGUUCGCCAAUCUCGGCGUCCAAUGGGCGGGAACCUUGCUAGGAUGUUUGGCAGUUCUCAUGAUUCCUAUACCUCUUGGGUUUUAUCUGCUCGGCCCCAAAUUGCGGAAUAGGAGCAGGCUCCUGUCAAGUGUCUGA